AUGUUUUUUAAUAAUAGAGAUUUUGGUGAAUCCCCUUUUUCUUCUAGAUUUGGAAAUACACCAACUAAAAAUAAUACUAAUAAUAGUAGCAAUUAUAAUCCCAGUAAUAAUAGAAAUAAUGACAAUGGAUUAAAUAAUUUUAAUUAUAGUCAAAGUGAUAUUGAUAGUCAUCGAAAUAUAUUAAAUAUUACUCCAUCUAGAGUAUCAAACAGUAAUAGCUACUACAAUACAUUAAAUAAUAGUAUCAAUCGUAAUAAUGGUAAUGAUAAUACAAAUCCAAAUCGUCUACAAAGAAUGUGUGUACCUAGUACAAUAAAAAUAAUAUUGGAAAGUUUAGAAAAGUCACCAAAUUCAUUUAUACUAUAUGGUAUUCGUGUAAGCUCAGUAACAAUAGUAGGAUGGAUCAUACAUAAACAAAUGUAUAAUUCUAGAAUGAUAUUCCGUAUAGCUGAUGGUACAGGAGGUAUAGAUGCAAGAAUAGAUAUUGAUACAGAAACAACAGGUGAGGAACUUAUUAAUUAUUUAGACACAUUAAAAGAAGGGAUGAUUAUUCGUAUUGUUGGACAAGUAAUUCCUGGGAAAGGUGAUACUUCAUCUUAUAUUAGUUGUUAUACAGCUAUUAAGGUUGAAAAUCCUAGUGAAUAUGCUUAUUUUCAUCCUGUUGAAGUAUCAUUUGUAGCUAAUGAAUUAUGUAAUGAAUCUAAUAUAGGAUAUAAUAAUAAUGAUUUUUAUGUUUUAAAUACUCCAAAUAUUGAUUUUAGAGAAAAUACCCUAAAUAUUUUAAAUUUGGAUAGCAAUGAUAUAAUUGUACCAUCAGAUAUUACAGAUAAAAUUCAACAACAAGUAUACAAAGUUGUAGCAUAUUCAAUUAAACAAAUGAAAUCUGAAGAAGAGAAAGCUACUGGGAUACAUAGAGAUGUUAUUAUUAAACAGUUAAGAUCUCAAUAUGAACCAACAAAAGUUAUUACGGCCAUUAAUGAUUUGGAAUCUAAAUCUGCAGUUAUAUAUGAAUCAAUUGAUGGCCAUUAUUGUAUAUUGUGA